AUGGGCAAUAGUCAAGCAGCACUCUCAAAAACAACUUCUUCUCAUGAUGAUGAUGGAGAGCUUGCUUUAUCCUCCUCCUCACCAGAGAGGAAGAAGAAGAGGAUGAAACCUCGAGUUCUCCGAGUCCUUGCUGGCAAUUUCUUUCUUCAUAAGAAGAAGAAGAACCAGAAUCAUCCUCAAGAUUCAUCAUCCCAUCGGGAUUCAAAGAAGAAGAACACAAACAACAAUUCUUCUUCUUCCUCUCAUCAUCGGGAUGAACUCUCACCCUACGCAGCUUCCACCGUUUCUGUAUUAUCACUCUCCUCGUUGCCAGCAACAUUCGGAGCCUUGAAACAAUUAUCCCUAACGAAUCAACAAGAACAACAACAACCAAUAGAUGAUAUAUCCUCUCCAAACAACAACAACAACAACACUCACCACUAUCACUACCUUCCUAACACUCCUCGUAUUGUUCGUACGUGCUACGAUGAUUUAAAGUUGAAUCAAGCCGGUCGUAUGGAACAUCAGGUCCAAUCUCUGAAGAGAGCAGCCUAUCAUUCUCAAUCGUGUUUGGCUCUUCCUUUGGGAGCUGCUUGGGAUCAUGAUUUGGAUACUGCCAGUAUGAUGGAACACAUUCCCAUCACUCCAUCCGCUGGAUUCUUCUUUGAUGAUGAAUUCAUCAUGGAGCCUACUUCCCCAAUGACCAUGACUCGAUUCGUUCAAAACAUUCUCUCGGAUGAUCAUCAAAACAAUAACAACAACAAGAACCGAAAGAUGGACGAAGGAGUACGAGAUGAUCCUCACACUCCCGUCACGGUGAUGAAGAAAAAUCAAAGUGUCAAGCCAUUGACCUCUCCCACUGAGAUCACGUCAGUAACCAGCACCUCCAAUAAGAGUCGACAGCAUCAACAACACUCGAGGAGUAUGCGUUCUCUCCAAUCGGCAACCUCUUUAUGCGCCAAUUCAAGCACCACCAAUCUCUCUCAGUACAAUACCUCGAAUACGAAUCUUUCACAAUUCAAUGUCUCCACAUCCAACCUUCGAAUGAAUGAGAAUGGAGAGUGGGAGGAUGAUGAAACAUAUAGUUGCUCUUCCUCUCAGAGCUCACACAACGACAAUAAUAACAAUGAUGACGAAUCAUCGAUGAGUGACUUUAGUCAACACGAAGACGAGGAGGAUUAUAUUGACCAGUUCAUUAAUGGAGAAACUACUGAGGUGAAAUUGAGUAGUUCAAUCGCUUACUUGAAAAAUUCAUUUAUCAGAAGCAAUGCGAUUGUGAUUUGA